AUGCCGGACAUUACCCUAUAUUUCCUCCAAGCCUCACGCUGCAUCCGUACCGCCUGGCUCCUCGAAGAACUCGGGCUCGACUACAAUGUCAAAUUUUGGAACCGAGAAAACAACAGAGCGCCGCAGGAAGCCAAAGAUGCGUCGGGCAAUCCGCUCGGCAAGUUCCCGACGAUCAAAGACGGCGAUCUGACAAUCUACGAGAGCGGCGCAAUCACCGAAUACCUCUGCGAAAAGUACGACUCAUCCCACCGCCUCCUCCCCACCUCCCAACCCUCCCGCAUCCGUGUCCAGCAAUGGCUCCACGCAGCAGAAGCGACCUUCCUGUUGCACGCCCUCGCAAUAACCUACGUGCGCUGGAAGGCGCCCAAAAAUGUCCACGAAUCUGGCGAUGUCGAGAUUAUGGAGAAGGGCCUGUCCAUCAAUGUGCAGAAUGACCUGAACUGGCUGGAGGCGGAGCUGGAAAAGGGCGAGGGGAGGUUCCUCGUUGGGGAUGAGGUCACAGCUGCGGACGUGAUGAUGAUGUUUUCGGUGGACUUCAUAUUGGCGAGGGGCCUGGGGACGAAGGGAUGUGGGGACAGGUGGCCGAAGACGAGGGAGUGGUUGCGGGUUUGUGAGGCUACGGAGGGGUAUCGGAGGGCGGUGGAGAAGACGGGGUAUAAGCUAUAG